AUGAUGCCGCCACCAGCCCCAACACCUCGCGGCCCAGUCCCCCCUCGCCUUGCCGCUUUCCCAGCAAUAAACUCCCCCCAACGCGCCCGCGGCCCCGCCCCCAAGCCAACACGCAAAGUCAUCCUCACACCGGGCCACUCGCCCCUCGACUGGGCGCGCAUCUCAGGUCCCAACGCGGACCUGCGCAACCUCCCGCCCUCGACGCCCUACCUCAAAGUCACGCCGUCGAUGCUGAAGAAGAUGACGGGUAGGAAGGGGAAAGAUGCCUGGAUGGCGCUGGGUGGGAGGGUGUACAAUAUCACGCCGUACCUGCCAUAUCACCCGGCCGGUGAGCCCGAGUUGCUGCGCGGUGCGGGGCGUGAUGGGACGAAACUGUUUGGGGAGAUUCAUCCCUGGGUGAACUACGAGACUAUGCUCUCCGCGUGCCUCGUGGGGCUGUUGGUAGAUGAGGAAGAGGGCUCGAAGCCAAGUGCGAUGGAUGAGAUGGACUGA